UGUCCCCAUCACAUAAACAUUCUUUCAAGAUGGCAGCCGCUUCAUCCGACAGGCACCGUAGCAAAGAUCCUGCGGAUCAGAAUUUCGAUUAUAUGUUCAAACUUUUAAUCAUAGGAAAUUCUUCCGUAGGAAAAACAAGCUUUUUAUUUAGAUACUCAGAUGAUUCUUUUACAUCCGCAUUUGUAUCUACUGUUGGAAUUGACUUCAAAGUUCAGACAGUUUUCAGAAAUGACAAACGCAUUAAACUGCAAAUUUGGGAUACAGCUGGUCAAGAAAGGUAUCGCACAAUAACAACAGCUUAUUACAGAGGUGCCAUGGGAUUUAUUUUAAUGUAUGAUAUUACCAAUGAAGAAUCAUUCAAGGCGGUUGCAGAUUGGGCUGGUCAGGUAAAAACUUAUUCAUGGGAUAAUACUCAAGUCGUAUUAGUUGGAAAUAAAUGUGAUAUGGAGGAAGAACGAGCAGUAACUUACGAACAAGGAAAAAAGUUAGGAGAUCAACUUGGAUUUCUAUUUUUCGAGGCUUCUGCGAAAGAUAAUGUUAACGUACGUCAAGCAUUUGAUAAACUUGUUGAUGUAAUUUGUGAGAGAAUGACAGAUACAAUUGACGGUGACCCAACGUUAGUUGGAGGAGCAAAGCCCGGAACAGCUAAUUUAUCGAAUAAGCCUAAUCAAAGCGAAGGUUGUUCAUGUUAGAUUAUGUUGCAAAGUAAUUAUGCCUUCACAAAAGUCAUUAUGUUUUAACAGUGGUGGAUCUUUAGCCAAUAAAAUAUGGUGAUGUAAACUCUGCACGUCUUAAAUUAUUUUUCAUUUAAAAGAAUGAUUUUUAGAUAUUGUUUUUGUAUAUGCACAAAGUUCGAUGUGUUAUUUGACUCAGUCUGUAAAAAGGAAUAGUAAUACUGUCUAUGUUUGUUCUUUGGUGUUAGACGCAUAUUUAUUUUUGUUAAUUUUUAUGUCCUGUUAAUAAGAAAAGAACCAAUUGUAAUAAAUAUUUACGAACCUAACUUGGGGGUAUUC